GCAGUUUCGCGGCCGCCGUUCCAUGCGGCGACGGACUCAUGCCGUUCCCGGUCUUUCGUCGCCGCAAUAAGUCCAAGGGCGAGAAGGAUGGUGUGUCAAAGAAGCAGGAGGGUGAGGCUGUAGUGGUUUUGCCGUUGGAGAACCCCAACGACGACGUGCAGGCCAUCGCCAACGAAACACACCACUUGCUCGAGCGCAUCACGACUGUGUCCCCGUCUCGAAAACGGCCGAGAAAAGUCGUGGGCCGUGUCACGAUCGAAGUGCUUGACACGUUCCCACCAUCAGCCCGACUGGAAGAGAGCUCAACCAAUGCUGCGAAAGACAAACGAAAUCCAGCAAUCGAACCUCCCUUCGCCGUGGCGCCUCUCGACACAGGCGACGCAUUUGGGUUUGACGAAGAAGAGAGCCGAGUGCGAGAGGCGGCAGAUAUCUUUGUCCCGUCCACGAUCCCAGGAAAGAAAGCCCUCGAAGAACAACUGGACGUACUUGACCACGAAAAGGAUCGGCUGAGUCGACAGCGAACCGCUCACGAAAGCAUACACCCGUUGGUCCUCCCCGCACCGGAAGUCGAAUCUGGCAACAGCCCACAAACUCGUUCGAAAGACCGCGAAACCCUAGCUGCCAUCAAGAUCCAGGCGUCUGGGCGAGGGUUCCUCGUUCGGAGGCGGCAAUUCGAACGCCAGGUCAGCCCGGGAAAGCAUGAGGACGAGAGCAUCAAAGCCAAACUGCACGCAAUACAAGCUGCAUGGAGAGAAAUCACCGACCCCGACCGCGGUGAGACCUGGUACUACAACACUGAAACUGGGCAAAGCCAGUGGGAGCCACCUGUGGCCAUGACCGCCGCUGCAUCGCCCCUUCCCCCACUGUCCAAGGCUUCGUCGACUAAGGGCAUGUCGACGAUGGGAGCGCAGGCACUGAGCCCAGCACCGCACAACAACAACCAAGGGCACUUUUCAUCGCUACCCCCCCUUUCGCCCAAAACUCAAACGCCGCACUCGUGUGCCGUGUCGAUGCAGGUCGCUGCCAAAAGUCACACGUUACCUGUCCUGACACCGCAGCCCCCCAUGAUUCUCGUGCAAGAUUUUGACGAUGACAUUCCCAGCACGAUGGCGUCAGUCACGCAAAGCAACUCCCCCUCCACGAGCAGUGGACAAAGCAACAGCGCGCCUUGCUCUCACAGCCAGCCCCAUACGUCGCCGCCAAACCAUCAUCCUGCUGACUCUGCCUGCGACGGCGAAAUGGUCGAUUGGAUGGACGACACAGCCCUUUUCCUCGCGGACGGGUCGAAGAACCACAAGCUGCGCGACACCAUCCGCGACGCGCUCAAAGUGUCCAAGUUUGAUUCGGUCUCGUCCCUUCUCACGUCGUCCAUCUCGUUCAAUGCGAAGCGGGACAAGUACCGCCGGCCGGACCGGACCGGCGAGCUGUCACCGUCGUUGGCAUCGUCUGGUGUGGCGCGCGACGUCGUGCUCGGGAAGAAGCCAGACACGUAUAUGGUUGCCGUGCUAGCCAAAGACAAGGGAUCAUCGUCUCACAAGAAGAAGUCGGCCAAACCGCCCCCGGCAACGCGUCACCUGCGCAUUCGAGAUGUCGCGGACUCUGGGUUUUCCGCGCAGAAUGUGGCCCGCUCCCCCCCGAAGCAGCGACCUCGAUCAUCCAGCGGCCCCUCGGAUAAGGACGCUCUCCCCACGAUGACCCAGUGCUUUGCAUGCUGGAGCGCCAUCAAAGGUUGCCUCUGUGAAAAGCAUCAGGAUCCGUACGACACGCGCGCGCGCCCGGCGUCCGAGAGCGCGCUCAUGUGCUCCAACUGGGAAAUCGACCAACUCCGUCGUAAGUACCGCGCCGAAGAAAUCCAAGAGGUCUUUAUGAAAGCCAACAGCUCGUUGCGCUACGACAAGCAGCGGAAGGCGUACAUCACCGUGAUCGAGUGCCGACAUCCUAUCUACCGCGCCGUCGACGCGACUUUGUCUGCGUUCAACAAGACCAUGAGGAGAAAACUGCACACACGCGCGUGGUUUCGGUCGUUCUUGGAGCAACUGCGUCUUGGCAAUGUGUCCAAGGCGUCGCCACCGACUCUGUUGAAGCUCCGCGACACGUUGCGCAAUGGCAAGUGGUGCCAAGCGUACUCGGACUCGGUCGUCCACUUCCACCCGGUCGCACCAGUGACGCAAAGGAGCUUUAGCCCAAACCCGACGCUUGACGUGAUCGCGAUGAGCCCGUCCGCGCCCCACGACUUGCGUCAAUGGGUCCUCCAGACCGUGUGCCCCGUGCCCAAGGUCCUCUACCUCCCACGCACGUAUGAAUUGCUCCCAAGGCGGUGCAUCCCGAUGCCACAGCCGUCGUUCCUGGACCAGAUUCCUCUUCCCGUGCCAAAUCGGUUCAUCGAUGGCCGAGACAAAAUCUCGUGGGUCGAACGGCUCUGCGCGCGACAAAGCCAAGCGUCGCUGUACCGCGCCAUGGCUCAAAUCAAAGCGUGCACGCCGGCCGUCGGAUUCGACAAACCAAGACGGACGCGAGUGACGCCGCCCAGCUGCGUCCUCUUUGCCAACUUUGGCCGCAAGCCGACGGCAGACAACGUCGCGGUCGGGGGCCUCGUUGCCGAGCUUCUCAUUUAUUUGGUCGUGACGACGUUUGUUCCGCCGCAGUUUGGCAACUUCACCGUCACGGACCGACGGUCGAUCUGUCCGAAGCCGACGCCCGACUCGUCUGCAGUUUACAAGUGCUUUGAAAUCGCUGCAACGACGUUCAAGUACGUCGUCCGACCGCUGGAGCAUGCCCUCAACACGCGCCGACCCCCGACCAUCAUGGUUGUUGUGCAAGGGGAAGCGGUGGAACCGUGCGUGAAUCGACCUGAACAAACGAGCGAAGAAGCGUUCUUUGGCUUCCGCACGAUCCUCGAAUGGAUGGGCCUCGACAUCCCGGACGAAACCCGCGCCGUCACGUUUGUCCCGUCCGGCGACGUCCUCACGUUCAACACGCCUGCAUUCAACGCGACGAUCACGACUCGGGCGGAUCGGUACUACCCGUUCUGCGAGCCCACAACACGAGAGAGCACGAUCGCCGAGUUCAUUCACUUGCUGUGGAUGGGCAAGUCGACCCGCAACCAGCCCCAGUGCUUUACAAACUUGGGGUCCCAAGACCCCGGCGAGUUUAUGAAGAACUGCAACGUGGACGGCGCGAUGGGCCAAUGCAUCCCGAUCAUCUACCGAAGCUGGGCAUUCAUGCAGGGGUCGCCGUUCGAAGAGUUCGUCACGGACGAUGGGCUUGCGUACUGGUAUGACAAGAGAACGGGAAUCACUUACUGGGAGCGACCGCUCAUGGACCAAGAGAAGCAUCGCGGCGACGACGGCGACAUUGAAGGGGUGGUCGUGGAUGGCCGGACCGAGAAAGCCACGGUCGGCGUAGGAGGAGGAGGGGCGGACGCCCGGUAUUCCCAGCAAGACAUGCGCAAGUACUUGACCAAAACCAUGGAAAGUCCGAUGGAGCGCGACGCGAGAGUCAAGUCUGUUCGAAUCAGCGCGCAGAAGCAUUCGAUUGUGCUUAAGCCUGACGUGGUUGUCGUAAAGGAACCUCCCCCGCCUCGGAUGUCUCGAAUUCAAGUGCCCCCGCUGUCGUUCCAGCCCACAUUGACCAAACCGACCACAGGCAAUGGCCCCCUCGCGACCACCACCACUGCUGGCGCGCCACCUCGCGUUGGCGAGAAUGCAUCCAGUCCAUUCCAUGCAGUCAAACCCCCCGUCGCGACGACAGGUCCCGUUGUGAACGAAGAAACGAAGAAAUUGAUCGACACGUUGACUCAAGCACUCGGGGCGUCGAUGGGCCAGACAAACGUCCUGGACGUGCUACAGCUCGGCAUUGGGCUAGGGAUGGGUCUCGGGAUGAAGGGCAGCAGUCUUCUCGAGGAAGCAAAGUCGGAGGACAGCGCGAGCGACGGCGACGAUUUGCCCUCAACCCAGGCGAUCCCUAGUCGUGGAAGCAUUCAUGCCUCAGCUGCGGACGACCUCGGGGCCACGACGACACGGACAGAGAUCAGUGUGGUGUUGGAUGCGACACCGGACGAGUUGCCACCAGGAGAACGAGUGCCUCACCCGUUUGGCACGGAGUUUGUCACGCAUCCGCCGCCGGGCGAAGGCGUCACGUGGGUGGACCAGCCCGUCGACUUUAGCGAAGAGAGCCAGACGGCCGUCGAUGGCUUUCGUGGCGCUGUCCAUCGAAGCGUGGCGGUGCUGCCACGAAACUUUGUUCAGUGCGCAACCACGACCAAGACGGUCAAGAUGGAAGCAAACUACUUGCCUUCGUUAAACAACAAGGUGCAAACGCAGGAGGUGUCCUCUGGAUGUGGCCGACGCAUGCACUGUAGAAUCAACCGCGGAGUAUGGGGAUCGUUCGGCCGCGAACGGCGGCGGACGAGUGGCUCACCGUCGGCUACGAUCCAUGGGUGGCUGGCAAAGACCUGUUCAACUGCGAAUUUGUCAAGUCGCUGGCUGUUGAAGACAACGACACGCCCGCCGUGGCCGGGUCAGCCUUCAUCGACGCGAAUGAGCAUGCAGCCCGGCAAGAAGUGGCCACCCAAGCCGCCAAAGAAGCCAUGGAACUCGAGCACAUCUUUAGUUUGUGUCGCCACGGCAAGUACGCCGAAGUCGAAAACCUACUCAACCAACCCGACUGGACCGUCCCCAUCGACGCCAAGGACAACGCCGGCAACACGCUGCUCUCGAUCGCAUGCCAGAACAACAACAAGCGCAUUGCCAAGCUGUGCCUUCGCAAGGGCGCGGACGUGAAUACACAAAACCUGAAUGGACAAACCGUGCUGCACUACACGCACGCGUAUGGAUUCCAUGACUUGAUGGAGUACAUGAUGGAGAAGGGUGCCAAAGACGACGUGGUCAACAAGGAUGGACUGACGUGCUACGAAGGCUUAAAUGCCGAAGCUGUCGACGCCAUCUAGUCGAGUCCAAAGUCGAGUUGAAUGUAGUUUGUGUUCGUUGUGGCCGUUGGCUUUCGUUGUGCC